CCAAAUCAUUACUGCAUCGCCCUCCUUCGUCCAAACAUCACGAGGGAGAGURAACGACUCGUAGCUAAGUUGCACGGCGUCAGGGCGAAUGGGGUCUAGAUGGACGAUCAAAGCGAAGAAAGAGACACGGCUUUGAGUGACGAUGACGAACAGUUGGCCGAUAGACAACCGGAAGGACCUCCAAGACAGGAUCCCUCUGGAGAAGCUGUUGGUAACCUUCCGUUUUAUAAAUUCUUUUGCCUUCGAGUACAAAAAUUAUGGAGRAACAAACGAGAAAAAGUGGCCAGUAAGAGAUGGAAAGAAAAAGACAGGUUAGAAUACAUUCUACCGAGGCGAAUGAUCAAGGACUUGAAUGGGCAGACCAUUUUCCCGUAUCUUCGGCUACUACUCCCGGAACAAGAUUCACGACGWCAAUUUAAUGUGAAAGAGAAAAAGAUAGCAGAGGCGUAUUGCAAAGUCCUAGCUUUUCGCAAGGGAACUAAAAGUUACGAGAUGCUUAUGGUAUGUACGGAAGGCGCGUAGUWGUAGAGGAACGCUUCCCUCUUCAACYUCAUUCCUCACGUCGUUUUCUAUCUGAACGGCUUGACCAAGAAUUUUACCGAUCCUCAAGCAGUUCCUUCAAAUAUUGCAGGUGAUUUAUCUCUUGUACGUAUUUUUGUCCCUUAUUGUUACGCUUUUAUGCAUUAGUUUUGUAUUGAUGCAACUAAACCGACCUCUCGCCUUUCCCCUUAAUUAUCGAAGGUCAUCGAGUAUGUUCUGAAACAAAGAUUACCGGUUGAUCCCGAUCAACCCGAUCAACCCUAUUUACAUUCGAACGUGAAACUGAAAACAAUAAAUCAUUAUUUAGAUGAGAUUGCUAACCUCAGAGCAUAUGCUAGCAAGGAUAACAGUAGAACUACAGCACACCACAAUCAUGAAUGGAGAAGAUCACCGGAGAAUCAAAGAAGUUCCAGAGGGAACAACGAGGAUAGCGGAGAGAAACAAACAGACGCGAACUUAAGAGCUGAUUGGUUACGUAGGGUAAUGAACCAUGGGUUGAGUCCGCUGGAGCACAAAUGGUUGGUGCGAAUACUUCAAAAGAAGGUAAGAAAUCCACUGUAACGUGAAGAUGUUUCGGAUAAUCGAUGAAAAUUAAUGCCGACAACCAUUUUCAUUAUUUCUUGCCAUUUCACACGCUACACGUAAUGCAGAUGGAGAUCGGUCUAGGAUACAUUACCAUCCUGAAACAUUUCAGCCCCUACGCAACAGAGCUUUGGUGAGUAACUGAAUUCUUCGCRUGAUAUUGGAGAAGAACUAUAGUUAUCUACGUAAACUCACGAACAACCCUCUUUUUUGUUCGCGAAAUCGUAAAACUUCGCCAUUUCCAAGGAAUGCACACAAYAAUCUGCAAAAGAUUUGCACCGUUUUGGCCAAUCCGAAGUAUGCACGUCAUCGGAAGGAAAUGCAAGAAUUGCGRAAGAAACAUGCCCAAGGAAAAAUUUGGGAGCCGCAGAUGCAACCGGCGGAAUUAGGAAAUGCA